GCAGGAGGGCAGCGAAGACCUUGUCACAGAAGGCUGGACCCCUGGGUUCCACCCCUCUUUGCUGUCUGGGUUCAUUGUGAGACAGGCUCUGUGCCUCCCCCACAUCCCCCGGGGUGUGCACACGGUGAGCACGCACGCCAGCGGGUGGGCCCUCCGAGUAGCUGGUGCUCUGCCCCCUUCCCCGGCCAGGGCUCAGCCAGGCAUCGGGAGGGGCUCGGCCACGGGCAGGAUGGGUGCUUCCUCUGGCCAGCGGUGAGGGGACGGGUACAGGCAGGGCCCCGGGGAGGCCAGGUGCGGUCUGUCUGGGAGCACCGGGAACACUCGGACAUCAGGGUGGCCCUUGCUGGCCACCCGCUGCCCCGAAUUAAGCUCAGUGGAGCCGCGGCAUCCAAACACGGGGCGGUGGGGCGGGCGGGGAGCGCCUGGUCAGGUCCCCACCUGAGGUGAGAACACCCUCCCUCCUCUCCAGGCUGGGCCGAGUGGGACUUGGCUCCCAGGUGUGCUGGGAUGGGCCUUUUCAGGCUGGAUGUCUGCCUCUUGGGAGACAGGUCCCCACAGUUGCUAACACUGGGGAGGCUGUACGGCCAGGCAGAGGGGCCCUCUCCCUGCUCCUCACUGGCUCUGCCUCCCCACGUGCCAGAGGCGCAGGGGAGAGGGUCCCCACUGCCCCAGACAGAAGAGCUGUCCUGCUCUCACUCCCGGCCCACCUCUCUUGGCUUUGGGUUCCGGUCCCGACACACGAGGCCUCCCCCUGGUGUCUGGCCGGGGCAGGGUGCCUCCGGGUGAACGAGGGCAUCGCUGCCUUGGGCCCCUCCCUCCCUGGGGUUUGGCUCCUGCCCACAGGCCGUCAGUGGCAAUCACAGUCUUAGAGCGACAGUCCAGCUCUACUCGAGUCUAUUUUAGGCCUCGAGCCCCCCUUUCUCCCCUCCUGCCCCUCCUACUCCACCCAGCUGGUGCUCAAACUGAGGCUGGGGGACUUGAGGUGACCCCCGUGGGCAGGGGCCGGGCCUGUCCAGAGGCUGGCGGCCCACACCCUCCUCCAUCACUUCCAUGGGCCUGGCCAGGCAGAUCAGCUCCAACCACAACAUCCUUUGGGGUUUGGCCUACAGAGCCGGGGCGGAUGACCCCCAAAUAGCCCUGGCAGAUUCCCCCUGACCCACCCUCGCCUCCGGGGCGCAGCCCAGGGUAUAAAAUGGUGCUAGCGGGAGAGGCAGACCAGCCGAAGUCCAGCAGCAGCCCGGGCGGCCACUGACAGCCACGCCAUGAGGCCCCUGACGAUCCUCGCCCUGUUGGCCCUGGCCGUGCUCUGCCUCUGCCCAGCUGGCCCGGCAGAUGCAAAGCCCAGCCGUGCAGAGUCAGGCCGAGGCGCAGCCUUCGUGUCCAAGCAGGAGGGCAGUGAGGUGGUGAGGAGGCUCCGGCGCUACCUGGCCCCUGGGCUGGGCGCCCCAGCCCCCUACCCGGACCCCCUGGAGCCCAAGAGGGAAAUAUGUGAGCUCAACCCCGACUGUGACGAGCUGGCUGACCACAUCGGCUUCCAGGACGCUUACAGGCGCUUCUACGGCACGGUCUAGAGCAGGCGCCCCGCCCCCCCUCCGCCGUCUGCCGCUCCCCACCCAGGACCCCUCCCCUCCCGGCACCCUGACCUCCCUGCCCGGCACGUGUGGGGCCCCCCGGCAUCCCCGCUGCUCCAAAAUAAACUCCAGAAGAGGAA